AAGAUAUGUUGAGUCUAGAUCAAUCUAUCCAACAGAUAUGUUCCUACUUCUUCUUCUCUUCUCUUCUGCUCUAGGGGUUCAAGAUACUCCACAGGUUUUACAGGCAAAGUACGAGCAUGCUUUAGCCCACGUUGAAGCCAAUCAGCGUCUUAUCUCUGCAAAUGCCGCGGGAAACUCUUCAGAAGAUGAUGACGGUUCACAGAACGAAGACGACUUGGAACAGAAACUCAUCCCAUUUAUUCCUCCGCUUCCCCCACUCCCAUAUUCUUCCGUUCCAUUUAUCCCUCCUCUUCCCCCACUCCCAUAUGCUUUCCCAUUUCCAUUUUUUUCCCCUCUUCCGCCCCUUCCCCCAAUCCCAUAUUCUUCAAGAUCAAAAGUACCACUACCGUACUUUCAACAUUUUCAUCCACUUCUUCGCAGUUUUCAGAGCUACUGGUUUAAUCCAUAUAGUCAAGUAAACAUGUUUCAGUCUCUCAAUUCAAAGCUUAGCAAUGGUAUUCACAGAGCCCCCAAAUGAGUCGGACCCCACCCCCCAGCCACAGACAAAUACAUUUAUAAAUAUGCCUGGCCAGCUCCCUAUAUGUUUGUAUGAAACCAAACAUAUAAGAUCUAAUGUAAAUACAAUAAAAUAAA